AUGUCGUCGCCAAGCCAGCCACCAGACCGAAUUGAUUCGCACUCUCAAGAUGGGACUCAAUCGCGCGAGCCAGCCCAACCCCGGAGGACGGCUUCUGCAAACGACCUUAAUCAAAGCGCCUCACUGCAGACUAUCAGGCUGGCGGAUGGUCCAGGAAGCGGACACGUGCUCGUUAACAGAGAACGGUCGUCAAACGAUGUCCGCGGAAGUGCUGACCAGGGCCCUCAAUCGGAGACGUUGCCGCAAUCCUCAGAGCAGCGUCCUGAAGAUGCAAGAAUGCGACAUGGAAUCAUUGUAUCGCAUCGGCGAGUUCAACAGCACCAACGGCACAUGGAUCUAAGCAUGCGUGUGGGCGAACAACAGCAACAAGAUGCACUUCGUCCAGAACGAGCUAGAAUGCUAGAUAUAGACCUGCAGCAUCUUUGGCUACCAGCCUCUAGUCAAGACGCGCCGCUAAACUCAACUCAAGAGCCAGCCCAGUCUGGUCGGCCUCGGAGCUACAUGCCCUCUCUUCGAUCUCAACCUGAAUUCUAUAUGACAGGAGUGACAGCUGUUGACACUACAGCGGAGCCUGUUGCCAACGACGCCGAAUGUACAAUAUGUCUGGAACCUCUCUCAGAUGAUGUGGUCAAGUUCCAGGCUUGUGGUCACAUGUUUCAUACAGUCUGUGUACAGAGUUGGUUCGAUCAGAGCGCGCCGCGUACGGGUCAUAAGCGAGGUACUUGCCCGAACUGUCGACACGAACUGUAUGAGCCAGACCCACAGUUUGGGCGUACGGCGCCGCCUCAGAACAUCGAACUGCCAGUGAUAGGUCGUGGCCAAUUGCAUCCCAUAUCUUUUCCUAAUCGCGAACCAUUCGGCCGCCGCGAAGAAGCACCUGCUAUUACACGACCAUCUAAUAGCGAUCGUCGCAGGCAGGUCAAUGAUGGCAUUCAACAAAAUUUGGUGGGAGUGGAUCAACAAGAGCGUGCAGAACAAGCCCUGGCUGUCACUCCGCAGCAGUAUAUCACUAAUCGUCGGACAUUGCAGGGCGAACCCAUUCGUGUAGACCGGCGUCCUCGCGCUGUUGCCUUGGAGCAUGUGAGAAACGAUCCUCCAGCUCAAGAAGACGCGGAUAGUCUUCCCCCAAGGACAUCAAGUCUCCCUAACGAGGGAGCUAUUCGCCGUCAGCAGGCUAGUCAGAUUAUGACUGAUGCAUUGCGGAUUGAUGGAUCUCCCAGAAAUUCGCAACUUGACAAUGGACGGGCGGACUCAGACACGUCGGACCACGUUUCUAAUGUUGGUGGCCCUUCUGGGGCACCGUUGACGCCGCUGGGAGCCUCCGGAGCGCCAACACCGACAACGAACACACAAUCAGUACAACCGCGUGAGUCUCGAGCCAUUCUCGCAGCACGUGCAAUAGCACAGCGCCGCUCUCUACUACUGGAACCAGAUCUGAACAACAGAGACGCAGAUCCUCCACAGACCGUACGACGUUCAACAUCAAGUUCUCAACAUACGACAGCUAAUGGAAACCGUGACCCUAUAUGGCUUCCUGAUUUCCAUGGCCGUCCGAGAGUUAUCAAUCCACAGCCUGAGCUUACACCGACUGAACGCGCUAUUCGUGACCUUCAACAGGAACAGAGCUUGUUGUUGGAUCGUCUUCGUGAGGUCCAAAACCAACUAGGUCGGCACCUGCAAGCAGCAGAUGCCUCUAGAGAGCGUACGACUGUAGUGCGUCGACCCGCUCCAAAUCACUUUCCACGUGAAGCACAGGAUGAUUUGUCAACUGGGCGGCCACCACCAAUUGCAAUUCCUCACCUUGCUGAUCCAGCGUUUCCUGACUUGCGAUCGGCUCGCGAGUUCCCUGAUCGAAGGGCUAUAGGCUCAGGAAUUAGUAUAUGGUCGGCCGAUUAUGUCAACACAAGAGAACGUAACAACGAGACACAAGCACCUGGACAGUUACUUCCUUCCCUCUCGAACUACUCCGGCAACAGGCCAACCGCUGAACCGCCCACCGGGAUUUCAAGCAGCAAUGAGGAAAUUUCAUCAUCUCUAGUAAGCACAUAUCCUGCGACACCAUCAGAUCAACAGCUUGCCUCAGCAGACAACCUGGGAUCGAGAUCAAGAUUCAGGCAGCGAGCCGAGGAGGUUCUAGAGCGUAUGAACCGUGAGCAGGCAGAUAUGGAGAGGCAAAUAUCGAAUAGCAUGUCUUUGGAUCAGUCUCUCGUACCUGCACUCACUGAUGACAAUACUCCAGAGGCACCGCAGUAG